CAGUGACUAGUGAAGUGGUUUUCCCUGCAGAGCGUCUGGCAUCAACACCAGAAGGGAAGGGGUCAGUGCUAUUUCUGCUUGAUGACUCACUUCAUACACAGGCUCUUGUAGUAAAAUAUGAAAGUAGUUGUCGUGUUAAUACUAGAUGGAAACGUUGAAUACGUGGAUGUCCAGCAACAGUCUGGUGACCAGCCUCUGCUCUUCUUUAUGACAGCUGUGUGAGCUCUGAUUUGGCCCACCUGAAUUCUUCGUGGUCGGGCUGCUUGGCUAUAUUUAGAGGGGCACAGAUAUACUGAAGUAUUUUCCGGCGACAGUGGCCAUAGUUCCCCUGGUCUCAUCACCGUUGGACUCAAGAAUGGAUCGUCAAAGUCUGAAGGAAGACCUGCGCCUCUUUCAGAGCACUUUGCUCCAGGACGGACUUAAAGAACUCCUGGACGAGAACAAGCUGAUUGACUGUGUUCUUAAAGUUGGGGACCGGAGCAUCCCCUGUCAUCGGCUGAUCUUGGCAGCGUGCAGUCCUUAUUUUCGGGAGAUUUACUUCUCAGAUGAUGGCGCGGAAGUGGACCUGAGGGAGGUGGUGCUGGAGGACGUUGACCCUGAAGUGAUGAGCCGUGUUGUGGACUAUAUGUACUCGGCUGAGAUCGACAUCAAUGAUGGUAAUGUUCAGGACAUCAUGGCAGUUGCCAGUCGCUUCCAGAUUCCAUCCGUGUUCACCGUCUGUGUGAACUUCCUCCAGAAGACUCUGUCGAUGAGGACCUGCCUGGGCAUCUACAGGCUGGGACUGGUGAUCAACUGUCCCCGACUGGCCAUGGCAGCCAGAGAUUACAUUGCAGAUCGCUUUGAGAUGGUUGCUAAAGAUCCGGAGUUCCUGGAGCUGGAGCCGCACGAACUCUUCGCCAUCAUCGGGGCGGACGCGCUGAACGUGGAAAAGGAAGAGGUCGUGUUUGAAAGUCUUAUGAGGUGGAUCAAGAAAGACAAGCAGAAGCGGCUGAAGUCUCUCGGGGAGGCCUUUGAGUGCAUACGCUUCCGUCUCCUCCCGGAGAAAUACUUCAAGGAGAAGGUGGAGAAGGAUGAUGUGGUUAAGGCGGAUCCAGAAGCUGUUAAAAAGUUGAAGCUGGUCAAGGACGCGUUCGCUGGGAAGCUGCCUGAGAAGAAGAAGGAGGAUCAAGAGGGCGGCGAGGGAAAGCUGCCCGGAGUCCUGAACGACACCCGUCGACUGGGCAUGUACGCUAAAGACAUGGUCGUGAUGAUCAGCGACAACGCCGCGGUGGCCUAUGACGGAGCAGAGAACGAGUGUUUCCUGGUGGCCAUGUCUGAGCAGGUCCCCAGAAACCAUGUGAGCAUGGUGUCCAAGAGCAACAACCUGUACGUGCUGGGUGGGCUCUUUGUCGACGAGGAGGAGAAGGAAAACCCGCUGCAGUGCUACUUCUACCAGCUGGACAGUCUGGCGUCCGAGUGGAGGGCUCUGCCCCCCAUGCCUUCCCCCAGGUGCCUGUUCGCCAUGGGAGAGUUCAACAAUCUGAUCUUCGCUGUCGCAGGAAAAGACCUGCAGUCGGACGAGUCCCACGACACCGUCCUGUGCUAUGACUCCGAGAAAAUGAAGUGGUCAGAAACAAAGAAGCUGCCGCUGAAAAUCCACGGUCACUGUGUCGUGUCGGAGAACGGGCUGAUGUAUUGCAUUGGCGGGAAGACAGAUGAAAAUAAGGCCACCAACAAGAUGUUCACGUACAAUCACAAGAGGUCGGAGUGGAAGGAGGUGGCUUCCAUGAAAACGCCCAGGUCUAUGUUCGGAGCAACGAUCCACAAAGGGAAGAUCAUUGUGGGAGGAGGGGUCAAUGAGGAAGGCCUGACGGCGUCCUGCGAGGCCUAUGACUUCUCAACCAACAAGUGGUCACCAUUCCCAGAGCUGCCUCAGGAGAGAAGCUCAGUCAACCUGGUGAGCAGUGGAGGGCUGCUCUACUCCAUCGGGGGCUUCGCCAUGGUGGAGGACGAGAACAAAGAGUGCUCUCCCAGAGAGGUCAUCGACAUCUGGCAGUAUGACGAAGAGAAGAAGCAGUGGACGGGGAUGAUCCGAGAGAUGAGAUAUGCAGCUGGAGCCUCGUGUGCAUCCAUGCGCCUCAACGCAGCCAAGAUGCCCAGAUUGUGAUCACAUCAUUUUUACUGACAUUCAUUCUGUUGAAUGUAUAUUUCAGCAGUAUUUGUGUUUUCUGUAAACAUUU